CAAACUCAGAUGGGGCGGCGUCGCGGAGGAGGUCAAGACGAAAAAGCUACUAGAUUUGUUAUAGACAAAUAGUGUAAAAAAUUAAUAUAAUAAUACUAAGAUGAAUAACAUAAACUUACAUAAUGUUAUUAUAAGGUCUACUCAUUUACCAAUAACAGACAAAGAAGAAGAUUUUAUUCAAUUUAAUAAACCUGACGACAAAUCUUGGUUUGAUUAUAACACAACUUUAAACAAUGUUAAAGAACCACAAAUGGCAAAGUUAUUAGAAGAAAAUACUGCAUUUAUGUCAAAUGAUAAUAAUCUACUAGAUAUAGAUGAAAAUGAAAUCUUAACUUCUAUAAAAGCUGUAAAUCGUGGAAUUAGUUACUCUAAUACAUUUCUAGAACGCCAGUGGAGAUUAAAACAAUUGAACCAAAAUUUCUGUACAGAAAAGAUUAACGCUAAUAUGUCAAGUUAUAAGUCGUACUCUAGUUUUAGCAAUGAUGCCAAGCCAUCAAAUAUACAAAAUACAGGCCUAUCAAAUAUACAAAAUAGUAAUGCAAAUCAAGUAAAGAACAGGACAGAAGAUAUUGAAGAUUUGAAUUCUAUUAAAGAAAUUUUGAAACAAUAUAAACUCUCAAAAAAUGCUUUAAUCUUAGGACUUUUAAACAAUAAGCAAAUAACAAUAAAUGAUUUAAAAAAGCCUAGCAAACCAAUUGUAGAAUAUAGAACAUCCUACGAACUAUUUGAUUACAAGACUGAGGAUAUGACUGCAGGAUGUCAUCUAGUACAGCUUCCAGAUGAUCCAGAUAUAUAUUUGCAUCCAUUACAACUAAUGGAUAAUUCAGAACAGGAAGCUGAUGUAAACGUAUUCGGAGUAAAGAAAAUAUUUACAGCAAAACAAUAUUAUAUUAAUAAUGCUGAACGGGUGUCUUUUGGAUUUGCAAAAAGAAAUGUUGAAAAGAAAUAAUUGUUAUAAGUAAAUCUUAAUCAAGAUAUACUCUCUCAUAAAUUUAUAAUUUAAUAUGCCUAUUUGUCUAAGAAUAUUAAACGUAAAAAAAAUAAUAUUGUAAAUAAU